UAGAACUGUCAAAAAUAAUUCAUAAAUUUUAACCCAACCAAAACAUGAUAAUUUUGUUUACUAAAAUCUCAUUUAACUUUGAUAUCAUAAUUUAAGCUAAGUAUGUCUCUCCUUGUUUUGGGGGAAGCUUCAGAAUCUGAAGAAGAAACCAUUGUCGAUAGGCCCAUUGUCUACGCGAGAGCUGUUCUGGGGGAAGCUGCUGAAUCUGAUGAAGAUGUCUAUGAUAAGAACGAUAACAAGACAUCUACGGAAUCCAACCAGCGAACAAUCAACCACAAUGAAUUCUUCCACAAAAAGCUAGUUGAGUCAAACAUAGCUCUGUGGAAAAGUCUCAAUGCUCUCAUCCGAAACGUAGUUCUCUCUGCCUCCAAGCAACUCUUAAGUGCGGACCAACUCCUCAUCAAGUCUCAGGUUUCUAUGCAAUCGGCCCUUAGUUCUGUCAAGGUCAGUCAAACGAAUGUCAAGCAAUUGAAGGAAAAGACAGAGGAUAUUCUCACGGCGAACUUUAUUCCCGAAAUAAAUAUUAAAUAAAAAUAAAAUA